GGCAACCGGCAUCCCCCACGUCCAGAAGGUGCCGUCUUGCGUCGUCGCGUUUGGCAAUCUGCGGGAAUGUCCCAACGGUCGGCAGAUACGAAUAUUUCAGGCCGCACUCCAGCUCCCAAUUACGCACUGAGCGUGGGAGACCGAAGACGUCCUCAGGACGACCGUUUGCAGCACUGCGCUCCGCUGUUAUGUUGGCGCCCGCGUUGUCUUCCGUUUGCUGCCGUCGUCAUCGACUGUUUCAUGGCUGACGUGUUCCGCAGGCUGCCGCUGCUGAUCCUCGUUGUCCUAUUGCUGCUCCUCGUGGUUCUCUUCCGCGUUUGCAUCCUUGGGAACGUGCCGCCGCGUCGACGCAAAAGGUCUUCGAUGAAGGACGCCAGGAUGGAGGCACGGCAGGCGAUCCCCCGGUCCGGUGGGGAGCAGGUCGGAGGGAGGCGGUGUGGGGGGAGCCUGUCGACCGUUGGCAGGGCCUCCCAGCGGGUUGGGUAUGAUGCAUUGCCACCGCACUUGCAACCACUCCCCGGCUCAUCGGACGAGGAGGAGGUGGUGGAGAGACGGCCACAAACCGUGUCGUUGGGCAGCGGAUCAACGCAGGAGUGGACAGCCACGGAGUUGUGCGGGACGGGUGCCGGCGUGUACGAGCAAUCAUUCACUGAACUCCUUCGGCCUGGCCUUGGCGAAGACGAAGGAGAUGGCCGCGUCAACUUGUCGUUUGGUUUGUCCACCGGGCGGUCUACAACUCCAUCGCGCACAGUGCUCGUGCGACCCCACCCCGGCGACGAAGGCGGGCAAUUGACAGUUGUUGAUCGAUCAGCGAGGACGAGGGCGUUGGCGAGUGAGACGGCGGGAACGAACCGGAACUCGUCGACGCCCCAACCACGGGUGGGCUCUCUGUCCAAGGGCGCCAAGGGUCGGCCGGAGUGGAUGCAGUUGCCAUCUCCCCUGUCCGCGGCGUCGGAAGUGGCACGAGGCCGUGGCGUCGGAGUCGACGGCGGGACCGACUUUUUGGAUGUUGGUAAUGGUCGCGACGGGAGGGAGGUGUGCAGGGACCUGCGGCGGGAUCACCUGCUGCGGCGAGAGGAAUACAUCACACGGGGGGUGGAGCGUCUUCACGUGGGAGACCGGGAGAACGAGAACGAGACGGACGAUCCACCGGCGGACGCAGACGACGACGACGACAACGACGUAGAGUGUGGGGAAGGGGGGGUUGGUCACGCGUCGCCAUCGUUGCAGAGCGACAUGGCUGGUAAGGGUGGGAAGUCCAAGCCUUCCGGCCGCAAUGCUCGUCUGCGGGCGAAGAAAGGGCAGGGAAAGGGGAGCGGUGGCGAAGGCGACGGUGAUGCGGAGGAGAAGCGCAACUUCUGGUCCGUGGAACACAUUAUAGCCCUCAUAAGGGCUAAACGUGACCAAGAUGCGCAUAUGCAGGGGAUGGGCCACGCAUACGCACGGAUGAAACCGCGGGAAUGGAAAUGGCAAGACGUCGCCCAAAGGUUGAAGAACGUCGGCGUGGACAGGAAUGCGGAGAAAUGCGGGAAGAAGUGGGACAAUCUAAUGCAGCAGUUCAAGAAAGUCCAUCACUUUCAAUCACCGUCACGGGGUGCCGACUUUUUCAAGUUGACGUUGAAGGAGAGGGCAAGCAAGGGCUUCAAUUUCACGAUGGAUCGCGCAGUUUAUGACGAGACAGAGGGGUCGACUGGGAUGAACCACACCAUCCACCCGAAGAACGUGGAAGACAUCGGUGCGUCUGGCGGCGUGCGCCCGCCUUCGACGUCUUACGUGGAUCCUGAAUCGGUGGCGGACGGGGAAGGAGGUGCAGCGCGAGAACACGAUGAGGAGGGGUCGACGCGAGGCUUUUCGCAGACGACGGGCACCCCCGACGGUUCUGGGAAAAGGAAGCGCACGAGGCAGCAGACUUUCGAGGCGCUGACGGAAUGCAUGGAGAAACACGGGGAGCUAAUGACGUCGACGAUGGAGAGUGCAAGCAAGCGGCAAUGCUCUAUCCAGGUCCGGCAGUGCGAGGCGUUGGAAGCGAAGGUGGAAGUGCAAAGGAAGCACUAUGCCGCGUCAGACGAAGUCAGCAAACUCAUGUGCCACACAUUGUUGGAAAUAGCGAAUCCCGGGAAUGUGAUCGGGAAAGAAGUCGAACUGGUCGAUGAAAGCCAUCCAUCGAGCAAUGGUGUUGUUGACGUUGUCUUGGGUCUUGUAGAAGACCAACGGAUUGUUGUCCGUUACCCAGCGAAAUUGGCUUUGACCAAGGAGGAAGUGCCGCCACCGCUCGUGGACGAAGGCGAGGAGCUCCUUCUUGCGUGCAUCGUCAAUGGAAUGCACGAUGGGCACUUUCUUGCUAAAGUACUUGAUCGGGUGCCAGUCCACACCAUCAUGUUGCUCGAGGACUGCACCAAUGCCAUAGCCUGACGCAUCCGUAGUGACGUGCGUAGGCAAGAGCGGGUCGUAUAUCCGCAAGACCUCCAC